UGUGUCUCCCUCUCGUGCCCUCGUUGCUUUCGACAAGGACGAUUCCGCAACAGAGAAACCAGCUGUUUUUUUUAAAAAAUAAAAUUAAUUGGACACCAUUUAUAAAGUCUUUGAGUUUUUCUCUGGUGUUCAGUACUUCACUCCAUUACAGGUUCAGGGUUUUUGGGUAUGCGAGUGUGCAACAAUGGUGGAGACAACUCAGACAAGGAAGAUAAUACUCGACUCGGGCUGGCUCGCUGCGCGGUCCACGGAGGUUGAACUUGAUGGGACUCAGCUUACAACCACCCACCCUCCGACUGAUCCCACCGCGCGGUGGAUGGAGGCUGUCGUCCCCGGAACUGUGUUGGGAACACUAGUGAAGAACAAAGUUGUGCCGGAUCCAUUUUAUGGAUUGAAAAACAAGGCAAUCAUUGAUAUAGGUAAAUCGGGGAGGGAUCACUACACAUUCUGGUUUUUCACAACUUUCCAAUUCAAGCUGUCAGAAAAUCAGCAUACGGAUCUGAAUUUUCGCGCAAUCAAUUACUCUGCGGAAGUAUACUUAAACGGGCACAAAUUUGUCCUACCUAAAGGGAUGUUUCGAAGACACAGUCUUGAUGUUACAGAUUUUCUGCACCCAGAUGGUCAAAAUUUUCUGGCAGUUCUGGUCUACCCUCCGGAUCAUCCGGGGAAAAUCCCCCGCAGCGGUGGGCAAGGUGGUGAUCAUGAGAUUGGUAAAGAUGUUGCUACACAAUAUGUCGAGGGUUGGGAUUGGGUAGCUCCUAUAAGGGAUAGGAACACUGGCAUAUGGGAUGAAGUUUCACUUGUUGUCACUGGGCCUGUGAAAAUAAUUGAUCCCCACUUGGCUUCAACAUUUUAUGAUCGAUACCAUAGGGUCUAUUUGCAUGCUACAACUCAAUUAAAAAAUAAAGGUUCCCGGGUUGCCAUUUGUUCUUUGAAUAUCCAAUAUUGGACAUUUGAACUUGAGGGAAACAUUUGUUUGGUAGAUCAUCUUCAGACUCAGCAUCUGUCAAUUCCUCCUGGAGCACAAAUUCAGUAUACAUUUCCUGAGAUUUAUUUGUACAAGCCCCACUUAUGGUGGCCGAAUGGUAUGGGAGAGCAAUCCCUUUACAAUGUGACAAUUACAGUUGAAGUAAAUGGAUAUGGAGAAUCUGAUUCAUGGAGCCAUCUUCAUGGAUUCCGCAAGAUUGAGAGUUAUAUUGAUAGUGCCACUGGAGGAAGGUUGUUUAAGGUCAAUGGGCAGCCUAUUUUUAUACGCGGUGGUAAUUGGAUACUAUCAGAUGGAUUACUACGGCUUUCUGAAGCUCGUUACAGAACAGAAAUCAAGUAUCAUGCCGAUCUGAAUUUAAACAUGAUCCGUUGUUGGGGUGGUGGUUUGGCUGAGAGACCUGAAUUUUAUCGUUAUUGUGAUAUUUAUGGAUUGCUUGUUUGGCAAGAAUUUUGGAUUACAGGAGAUGUUGAUGGAGGUUCCAACGGCCCCCUUGACCAUGACCUUUUUAUGCUAUGUGCAAGAGACACUGUAAAACUCCUGAGGAAUCAUCCUAGUCUUGCUCUUUGGGUUGGUGGGAAUGAACAAGUUCCACCAGAUGACAUCAAUACAGCUUUAAAAACUGAACUGGAACUUCAUCCACAUCAUAAGAAUGUCAAUGAAACUGAAAAUUCUGUGCAUAAUUUAUCUGCCAGUUGGAAGGAUCCUAGCGAAUAUCUUGAUAGUACGCGAAUUUACAUCCAAGGAUCCUUGUGGGAUGGCUUUGCAGAUGGACAAGGGGGCUUUACUGAUGGCCCUUAUAAAAUCCAGAAUCCUGAAAGCUUCUUUAAGGAUGAUUUUUACUCUUAUGGAUUCAAUCCUGAAGUUGGUUCGGUAGGGAUGCCAGUCGCAGCUACCAUCAGAGCUACCAUGCCACCUGAGGGAUGGACAAUCCCAAUAUUUAAGAAGCUAUCCGAUAGUUACAUAGAAGAAACUCCAAACCCCAUAUGGGAAUACCAUAAAUAUCAUCCCUAUUCAAACCCAGGCGAGGUUCAUGAUCAAAUUUUGCUCUAUGGGGUCCCAAAAGAUCUUGAUGACUUUUGUUUGCAGGCCCAACUUGCUAACUACAUUCAAUACAGAGCUUUACUUGAGGGCUGGAAUUCUCAUAUGUGGAAAAAGUAUACUGGUGUUUUGAUUUGGAAGACUCAGAAUCCUUGGACGGGUCUCAGAGGUCAGUUUUACGAUCAUCUCCUUGACCAAACAGCGGGAUUCUAUGGCUGUCGCUGUGCUGCAGAGCCCAUCCAUGUCCAGCUAAAUCUGGUCACAUAUUUUAUAGAGAUUAUUAAUACUACGUCAGAGGAAUUAUCUGAUAUAGCCAUAGAAGUAUCUGUGUGGGAUCUGGAAGGAACAUGUCCAUAUCAAGAAGUUCACGAAAAUCUCUCCAUCCCUAGGAAGAAAACAGUACCGAUUACUCAGAUGAAGUAUCCGAAGUCCAAGAAUCAUCCCAAGCCAGUCUACUUUCUUCUCCUCAAACUGUACAAUAUGUCAGAUCAUAGCAUCAUAUCCAGGAACUUCUACUGGUUGCAUCUGGCAGGUGGAGAUUACAAGCUUUUAGAGCCAUACAGGAAGAAGAGAAUACCCCUCAAGGUAACAUCAAAGACUUCUAUCGAAGGAUCCACUUAUGAAAUUGAAAUGCAAGUGCAGAAUACAUCAAAGAAACUGGACUCAAGAGGUUCAAGUUUAAAUUAUAAGAAUAAUUUCAUCGCCAGACAUGGCGAUGGAGAUUUUGAUAUGACCUCAUUGAAACAUGUACACAGUAGAAGUGAAGGAAAAGGUGGUUCUAGUUUAUUUCAGAGGAUCUUCAGAAAUUUUUCGAGGGAAAGCGAUGGUUCGAGAGUUGUUGAAAUAAAUGGAGAUGAUGUAGGAGUUGCUUUCUUCCUUCAUUUAUCUGUUCAUGUUUCAAAGACAGACUACAAGGAAGGAGAAGACUCAAGAAUUCUCCCAGUUCAUUAUUCUGACAACUAUUUCUCACUUGUCCCAGGUGAGGUUAUGCCCAUCAAUCUCUCUUUUGAUGUUCCUCCUGGUGUCACCCCAACAGUAUUGCUCAAGGGCUGGAAUUACAACGGCGAGCAUGCAGUUAUUUGAAAAUUUAGUGUUUAUGGUAUUUGUUAUGCUC